AGUUAUCCAAUGCUCCAACGCCUUCUACGAUAUCCCUCUACUCUCACUGUGAAGUCAGAGGAUAGUGCCACCACUACCGCAACCGGGGACUCGGUAUCCUCGGAGACCCCUAGUCCUUCUCGUCAGUCACCCGAAAGUCUCCCCUUCGACAUCGCCUCGUAUUUAGAAGAAGGUUUGGCUAAGGAGUCCCGAUGGGAUCUCACUGCGCCUUUGACUGAGGGAAUCUAUCGCCAUUUGAGGGUAAUCAAGGGUUCUGAUGAUGACUUCAUACUAGAGACUGAGGACACCAACGACUUCUUAGCUUAUUGUCACGUCGAUAUGCUUGGGAAUGAUGCUCCCCUAGGCAAACUCAUCCGAGCUAAGCUCUAUUACUAUCGUCCAGAUGAUGUAUUGUUCAAACUGGAUAAGCCAGCCCUAGUGUUGGUUAGUUCGACUGAUCGGACUCAGUGGACAGUGUUAUCAACACGCUGUGAUGCUUGCCGAUAUCGUCGUAAGAGUAGUGGUACUUGUAUGGACGUCCUUUCGACUUCUGAUAUUCUACCCCGAUUAUCUGCUUCUUUAUUGGACGGCAAUCCAGUGUCCAAGUAUCGCACUGCAACAGUCGGUCCUCUAGACAUGAGCUCCCAACAAUUAGCAAGCAUGGUACAAGACAAGAGGUCCCUUGGUCCUCAUGGUAUUUAUAACUUUAUGGAAAUGGUUAUCCCUUAUGGGAAGGAUGUUAUCUGGUGUCCCUUGGUAAAUGAUAAGUGGAGUCCAUUACAUCCCGAUAAGAGUAACACUUCCUGUUUAGUGGUAGCUACUAAGGAGCCACAAUGGAGUUAUUCUAUGAACUGUCUUGUUCUGGACUUCAACAAUCGUAUAAUAAUCCCAUCGGCCAAGAACUUUCAAUUAGUCCUUAAAGACUCUCCUGAGACCAUUGUCUGCCAAUAUGGUAAAAUCGGUAAUAACACUUAUACCUUGGAUGUGGCAGCCCCUCUAUCAGUAAUGCAAGCCUUUGCCGCCGCCAUCAGUACUAUUUCAUGGACUUGAAGUUGUCGUUGUUUAAUACAUGUGCAUGCGUGCAGCCAUACAGUGCCCCUAUAUUUGAUAUUAUCGAGAUGUGA